UUGGCUCAGUCUGGGAUCCAACAUAAGCAGGAAGGGAACGUGAAAUCCACAGGCCCAAACAGAGAACAUUCCCAAGAAAAGUGGAACAGCAGAUAUGGGGCCUCCCUCUUUCCUACAUUCUUUGGAACAUCUGCUUUGAAGGACUUGCCUGGGUAAGGAGACAGACCAUCUAAACUGAUUUAAUUAGAACGUGUCUUCUCCAUUGUCAUUUGCUAUGGAAAGGAAGCAGCAACAUGGCAUAACUCUGCUGGACCAGCUCAGCAGGAUGAGGGGAGUAGCAGAACUGACCGAUACUGUCCUAGUGGCUGAAGGACAAAGGUUCCCCUGUCACAGGGUAGUUCUUGCAUCAUUCAGCCCUUAUUUUAGAGCAAUGUUUACAUGUGGUUUGGUGGAAUGUAACCAAAAUGAGGUUCAACUCCAUGACAUACCUGCCCAAAGUGUCUCCAUUAUCCUUGAUUAUAUGUACACCUCAGAACUCACCAUCAGCAAUCUCACUGUGCAAGUGCUUGCCACUGCAGCCUACUUCAUGCAGAUGGAUGACAUUUUUACCUUGUGCCAAAACUACAUGCUAGAUCACAUGGAUCCUUCAAAUUGUGUUGGGGUCUAUUACUUCGCAAAGCACAUCUGUGGGGAAGAACUUGAGGAAAGGUGCAAGAAAUACCUGUACCAGCACUUCACUGAGGUUGGCUUACAUGAAGAGAUUUUGGAGAUCGAGUUUGACCAGUUAAUGGGAAUGAUCAAAUCAGAUGACCUCAAUGUUUCUCGAGAGGAGAGCAUCUUGGAUUUGGUUCUAAGAUGGGUAAACCACGACAAGACUGCACGGUCGGAAUAUCUUGUUGACUUAUUGAAGCAGGUGAGAUUACUACUAGUCAGUCCUUCCUUUCUCAGGGAGGCUAGGAAGCGGAACACCGUGCUCCUGUGCAACUCUCAGUGCUAUGACAUAGUCGAGGAAGCGCUGGAAACUAUAGAAAAGUCCAGUCAGACCUCUCUAAGCCUACGUUAUGGCAUGGAGACCACCAACAUUCUCCUUUGCAUUGGCAACAACGCAAUGGGCAUCAGGUCAAGAUAUGGAAGUUUUGGGGACGCAAGCUUCUGCUUUGCUCCUGCGACAGGUAAAUGCUGUUUCAUUCCAUCACCAAAACAAGGAGAGGUAUUAGGCUCAGUCCUUGCUGGAGUGGUUACCGAGAACAAUGACAUUAUUUUGGCUGGAGAAGCAAGCUCUGUGAGGUUGGCAAGGCAGAAGACCAAGAUGGUUGAGCUAUGCAGGUAUCACAACCGAGGAAGCUACUGCUGGGAGAGGCUUUGCAGUGCCGAGUAUCGGGAGCUUUACGCUCUGGCCAGUCUCCAUAAUGACCUGUAUCUCAUUGGAGGGCAGAUGAAAUACAAAAACCAAUACAUCGUCACCAAUUGUGUAGAAAAGUUCUCCAUGGAGAAAGAGAGCUGGAGGAAUGUGACCCCCCUGCCCAUCCCACUGGCUUGUCAUGCCGCAGUCACCGUGAACAACAAGCUCUUUGUCAUGGGAGGAUGGACCCCUCAGACAGAUCGCCCUGAUGACGAACCUGAUCGUCUAAGCAAUCGAUUACUGCAGUACGACCCUGCCUUGGAUAAAUGGACCAUAAUGGCCUCCAUGAAAUAUUCAAAAUAUCGAUUCAGUGCGGCCGUUGUUAACAAUGAGAUCUAUGUCCUGGGAGGCAUUGGUUGUAUCGGGCCAGACAAAGGCCAAGUGAGGAAGUGUCUAGAUGCCGUGGAGAUUUAUAACCCAGACGGAGACUUCUGGAGAGAUGGGCCUGCCAUGCCUUACCCUCUGCUUUCUCUAAGGAGCAAUGCCAGCAGCGCCGGGGCUGUGGAAGGAAAACUGUACGUCUGUGGAGGAUUUCAAGGAGCAGACCGGUAUGAAGUCAUUACAAAAGAAAUCCUGGAGCUUGACCCUUGGGACAACCAGUGGAAUGUGGCGUGCGUCAGAGCCCCCAUGCACGAUUCAUAUGAUGUCUGCCUUGUGGCUCGGCUGAACCCCAGGGACCUAAUCCCACCGCCCAGAGACUUGGUGGAUACCUGAACAGGGAUUAUAAAGGAAAUAUAUCUGUGGCCGGAGACUCCUAACUGCCUGUUUAUAUCCCUGUGCUGAGUGUUAUAGAUUCAGUUUUACAGCAGAAAUCUGCUUGGUGACUGCUAUGGGUUUGGAGAAUUUGCAUUAUAGAAAGCAAGGAAUUGAUAAAGGUUAUAUAAAUGUCAGUGCACAGUUUAUCUUCCUUCAUAAUAUUCACUCCAUUAGUCUCUCAGUGAUGCGGGUAGCAAAGUACCUGCCAGAAUUAGCACUGAUAAACAGCAGGAAAUAGGAUUGGCUUUAUUGGUAAAGUAAAUGAUAAGUUCUUCCGACGCUUCACCUUUAAAUUAACUUUCAGUAUGAUGCACACAGUGACAUUCUGAGUCAUUUUGCAGUUGGACUGGUUUUUUUUUGUUUUUUUUAAUUAUUUUUAGCAGCUCUCCUGUUUGGCAUUUUAGCAGCUAUCUGGUUGCUAUAUCCCAAUUUAUCAUAGCAACCAGGGAGUGGUUAGAAUGUGAGACUGAAAGAGAAGCACUAAAAAAUAACAAUAGCAAUAACAUUGUAGUCUCACAGAGCAAUCAUUUUUUGGUUGCCGGGGGUUGCCAGUGA